AUGAAGCUCGGCACCUUGGUGCUCGCCCCGGUGGCGAGUGCUCACACGCUCUUUACUACGCUCUUUAUCAACGGCAAAAAUCAGGGUGACGGGACAUGUGUGCGCAUGCCGUCCGACCAUGUCACGGCCAACGGACCCAUAUAUCCCAUCACGGGAGACGACAUGGCUUGCGGCCGCGACGGUGGCAAUCCCGUUGCCUUCACUUGUCCCGUGCCGCAGGGCGCCACUCUGACGCUUCAGAUGCGCGAGUGGACCGACGGCUCCCGCGAGGGCUUUAUUGCACCAGAACACAAGGGUCCCUGUUCGGUGUACGUCAAGAAGGUCGACGACAUGGGUGCCAACAACGCCGCCGGGCCAGGCUGGGUCAAGAUCUGGGAGAGCGGCUACGACGCUUCCUCGGGGGAGUGGUGCGUCGACAAGCUCAUCAAGAGGAAGGGUUUUCUCUCGGUCCGCCUACCGCCCACGUUGCCCGCAGGCUAUUACCUUGUCCGUCCUGAGAUCUUGGCCCUCCAUAACGCCGUCAAGGGGGAUCCUCAGUUCUAUCUUGGCUGCGCUCAGAUCUUUGUCCAGCGCGGACCCAGUGGCCCUCUGCGCGUGCCGGCCGAGUUCAGCGUCUCGAUACCGGGGCACGUGUCCCCCGACACACCUGGCCCCACCUUCAACAUAUACGACAAGUCGCAGAGGGAGUAUCCUAUUCCGGGGCCCAAAGUCUACGUCCCAGAGGGCGAGCCGUCGCCGUCAUGUGACAAGAAGCAAACCCAAGGCCUCAUCCCCGACAGCUGCGUCGUCAAGAAUGCAAAUUGGUGCGCCAAGCCCCUGGCGGGCUUCACGACAAAAGAGGGCUGCUGGGAGUCUGUCAAGGACUGCUGGAGCCAGAGCAAAGCGUGCUGGAACUCUUCUCCCCCCAGCGGCGGCGUCAACUGCCAGGCGUGGGAGGAUUAUUGCAAGGGGCUCGAGCAGCAGUGCGGCUCGGGCAACGAUGUCAGCGGGCCUGUUGAGUUCGAGGCCAAGAACACCAUGAAAGAUUUGCCAGCCGAGGCUCUUGAGCCGUUGAAUUAA